GUAAAUUUGUCUCAGACAUGGCCGAACCGACCGGAGAGGGAGAGGGAGCGCCAGGAGCACCAUUUUUCCACAAAGAGAGGAUAAAAUACAGCCCGGAGGAGGAGGCCAAGCUGGAGAGGCAACAUUUCUGGAGGAUAAUCGAUGCUUUUAGAUUCUACAGGGUCCAUGUCGAGGAGCAGGUCAAGCGGGCUGAGCGGCAGUUUCGGAGCCUGCCUCAGCACCACCAGGAUCUGCUGCCAGAUGUUCUGUCCAACCUGGCCCGGAUCAGCCAGUGUGCGGACCACAACCAGGAGCUGCUGCAGGCCAUCAUUCACAACAGCCUCCACAUGUUUGAGAACAUCGAGUACGGCGAGAGGGAGGAUCCGCGGAAGGCGCGGCCAUCCACCACGUUCGACAUGGACAAGCUCAAGUCCACCAUAAAGCAGUUUGUCAGAGACUGGAGCGAGGUGGGCCGAGCUGAGAGGGAUUCCUGCUACCAGCCUAUCAUCAAAGAGAUCCAAAGACUCUUCCCAAGUGACCAAUAUGAUGUGUCUAAGGUGAGCGUGCUGGUUCCGGGUGCUGGGCUUGGCCGUCUAGCCUGGGAGAUCGCUCGGCUGGGUUAUAUUUGCCAGGGCAACGAAUGGAGCUUCUUCAUGCUCUUCUCUUCCAACUUUGUCCUCAAUAGGUGUGAACAGCUCAACUCUCUGACCCUGUACCCCUGGAUCCACCAGUUUAGCAACAACAAGAAAUCCUCGGACCAAACGCGACCAAUCAGCUUCCCUGAUGUCAACCCUCAGAGUUUACCGCUAAAUGCCGACUUCUCCAUGGUAGCAGGGGACUUUGUGGAGGUCUACAGUGAGCCAGAUUCCUGGGACUGUGUGGCUACCUGCUUCUUUAUUGACACAGCUCAUAAUGUCAUCGAGUAUGUGGAGACUAUCUGGAAGAUUUUAAAACCUGGUGGAGUGUGGAUCAACCUGGGUCCACUGCUGUACCACUUUGAGAACAUGGCCAAUGAGCUCUCAGUUGAACUUAGCUACGAAGACAUUAGGACAGCCAUUGUUAACUUUGGCUUCCACUUAGAGGUGGAGAGAGAGUCGGUUCAGACCACCUACACAGAGAACGACCGCUCCAUGUUGAGAUACAUUUACGACUGCGUCUUCUUCGUGGCACGGAAACCCGCAGACCUUUACUUUGACUGCGAGGAAGACGACCAACAACAGAGCUCUCCGCCGGCCGCUAAGUCACCACGGCGAGAAGGAACCGACAGCCUGACGUGACAGGAAACGGUGAACUUAGAGGACUAAGUGAAGAUUAGACUGGCAAAGAAGAAAAUGGACCCAGAAGAAAAAAAGAAAAAAAAACAACCCAUACAUUUCCUUUUUGUCAUAUAUAUCUUUUUAAGAUGCAUCUUGUGGAGAAAUGUGCCCAACCCACCAGGUUUCUUUUUUUCCUGGCCAGGUGAAGCGCCUGAAUAUGGCUCAAGUUGUAGAAUGUAAUAUGAAGUAUUACAGGACUAUAUCAUGAGUAACACCUGGAAUCUCUUCAUACCUGGAUUUGUGAUGAUACCUUUUUGUUUUAGUGGUUUGUGUGUCAGCUACAAACCAGGAAGAGUAGAUUUCUUUUAACCGCGGUCUUACUAUUUCUCAUCUCCACUGACUUUAACUGCCUGAGAGUGUGUGUGUGUGUGUGUGUGUGUGUGUGUGUGUGUGUGUGUGUGUGUGUGCGCGCGUGUAUAUGUAUGUGUGAGUGAUAGGACAGCGUGAUGUGAACUUUUUGCUUUUGAAAUGUAUUUAUUUUGUCAACUAUGGUGCCAAUAACUAUAUCUACUCCAUUUGCAUUCGGAUCAUCAGUCAACACCUUGAAAAUGUAAUCUAAACGUGUUUUCAGCCUUUUCAGGAAUAACUUGUUUUAAAAUUGACUUUCAUCAACUUUUCUUUUUUUUUUUUUUUUUGGUUUCUAAUCACACUUUGGAAUAAAGCCAAACAUUUUAACUAAUCUUUAUCUCCAGAGUUUUACUGUUUUAAGUUGGAUAUGAUUUUAACACGGACAGAACGGCACUAAAAUGCAGCUCAGGGCCAAUUUAAGUGUUUGGUUUUUUUUGGUGCAAGGACUGAAAAAGCGUGUUUUGUGUGUGCUUGCUCAUCAUUUAGGAGGCAGGUUACAGGUGUGAUAAGGUGGAUACAUACACCUUAAUUCAUACUAAACCAUAAUGGAUACGUUUCCCUACGUAGGCCAGUCGUAGCAGGAGAAUCACGCAGGUGGAACCAGUAACGUUAAUGGCGUAGCACCUCGACUGAAGUGUCACAAAACUAAAUACAGCCAUUAUUCACGAGAUUAAUUACACCUGUGCUUUUCCUCCUGUAACGCUUGAAAAUGAAAGUCUUUUUUAGAGUUAGAAAGUGAUGUAAUUCAGUUAAAUACAUAUAUGAAUAACUGUGUUACAACCCAAGAUGUGUAAAUGCUGAAAUGUCAUUUUUUUGAUUAACAUUUAUUUUAUGAUGUGAACUUUUAAAUGAAAUGUUCGAUGUUAGAGGCAAAGUUAGCUUUUGUAAAAUGUAUAUGAGUAACAUUUUAAUAAAUGAUAUGUGAUUUAGCCUAGCCUGAAUGGUACCUGUGCAAUAAGCAGACAACAUGACCUGAAUUGAUAACCAGCUUGUCACGUGGCAAACCCAGAAAGUAGAUCAUUACAGUCAGGACUGUAGCUGCCUUUGAGACUGAGGUCGUGUCCUUCGUCUUUUUCUUGGUAUUUCUGCUGCUGAAGCAGUCUGGGGAGAGUAGUGACACCUUGAAAUAAAAAAUAAAUAAAAAAACAGGUACAAUA